CAGCUGACGUGGGCCCCGACAGCUGGAAUCCAUCAGCGUGCACUUCGGCCUGCCUCCCUGCUACUUCCUGACUCGAUCCCUCUGCUCCUUUCGUCUACCGAGUGACUUACGCGAGCAUGGACCCGCUGACAUCCUGGGUGGCGACAGACCCGGCUGUGGUCCGGAUCCUAUGGAUCUUGGCGCUGGUACUGGCCCCGCUACUGGUGUGGUUCUUUUCCUUUUGCUGCUACACGUGGAACCACGGCUCUUCCUCGGCUUCCAUGGAGCGCUACCUGGAAGUGAUGGUGAAGCCGCCCGGAUCCAAAGGUCCCGCUCAGAGGAGGAAAAAGCGCAAAGAGAAGCAUGCCGAAACCAUUCAAGCCAAGGCAAUUAAAGUGGUCAAGACGGAGAAGGCAAAAGAGACCAAGGUGGUCCCGAAUGCAAAGGAUGUGAAGAAGCAUCAAGAGGAGGAAGUCAAGAAAUCAAAGGAGAUGAAGCUGAAGGUGGAUCAGGAGGUGAUCCAGAAGGUGGAGGUAGCAAAGAAGGUAAAGGAGAAGGUACUGAAAGUGGUCCAAGAGACCAAAACAAUCACCGAGAAGAUCAAGAAGGCAAAUGUUAAGGACAACGACGUUGUACAGGAGGCAAAAGUAAUGACUAAAGAAGUGAAGGCCCCCUGGGAGGAGGUGAAGAAGCCAAAGGCAGUCAAGAAGUCCAUCCAGGAAGUGAAGGAAAUUAUGCAGAAGGAGGGCAAGCUGGUCAUCCAGGAAGACAGAAAGGAAAAAUUGAAACCUAUCAAAAAGUCAAAUGACAUCCUGGAGUCUAAAGAAAACAAAAAGAGGAAGGAGGCGAAGGUAGUCCUGGAAGCAAAGGAAGAGGCGAAGAAGCCCGAGUCAGUCAAGAAGGAGAAGGUGAGGGUAGUCCAGCAGGCCAAGGAGACAGUGACUGUGGUCCAGGAGGACUUGAAGAAGGCAAUACCGGUCAAAAAGGUGAAGGAAACAAUGAAAGACAAGGUGAAGGUCAUCCAGCAGGCCAAGGAAACGGUGACUGUGGUCCAGGAGGACUUGAAGAAGGCAAUACCGGUCAAAAAGGUGAAGGAAACAAUGAAAGACAAGGUGAAGGUCAUCCAGCAGGCCAAGGAAACGGUGACUGUGGUCCAGCAGGACUUGAAAAAGGCAAUACCGGUCAAAAAGGUGAAGGAAACAAUGAAAGACAAGGUGAAGGUCAUCCAGCAGGCCAAGGAAACGGUGACUGUGGUCCAGGAGGACUUGAAGAAGGCAAUACCGGUCAAAAAGGUGAAGGAGGUGAAGGAAACAAUGAAGGACAAGGUGAAGAACGAUCAACCGGCCAAGGAGACAUUGACGGUGAUGCCGCAGGAAGUGAAGAAGCCAAAGACAGUCAAGGCAAGGAUCACCCAGGAGGUGAAGAAAACAACGGAGGAGGAGGUGAAGGUGAUCCAAGAGGUGAAGAAGGUGAAGCCGGUCAAGAUGGCGGAGCUGAAAGUGAUCCAGGAAGUUAUAGAAGUGCCUCUGAAGGAAUCUGAGGCGUCUUCCCUGGAGGCUUCAGCCCCAUCUGGGAAAAGGAGGAGGAGGCGGCGACCACAGAAGGCCAUAGAGGAGGUGCAGGACCAGCCCAAAAAGAGGCCCCUGGUCCGGGCGGCGUCGGAUGAGAGCACCGCCGACGUGUACCCCCUGGGGGGCUCGCCGUCCCCGGGGGACACACUUCCCUGGAACCUGCCCAAGCAUCAUCGCAUCAAGCGUUCCAAGUCGGCCUCGGGCGAUGUGCUGGACCCGGCCGAGCGCGCCGUCAUCCGCAUCGCAGACGAGCGCGACCGAGUUCAGAAGAAGACCUUCACCAAAUGGGUCAACAAGCAUCUGGUGAAGCACUGGAAGGCUGAGGCCCAGCGACACGUCAGCGACCUGUAUGAGGACCUGCGCGAUGGCCACAACCUUAUUUCCCUGUUGGAGGUUCUCUCCGGCGAGACCCUGCCUCGGGAGAAGGGCCGCAUGCGCUUCCACAAGCUCCAGAAUGUUCAGAUCGCGCUGGACUUCCUCAAACGCAGACAGGUCAAAUUGGUCAACAUCAGGAAUGACGACAUCGCCGACGGAAACCCCAAGCUGACCCUCGGGCUCAUAUGGACCAUCAUCCUACACUUCCAGAUCUCCGACAUUCAGGUGAACGGCCAGUCGGACGACAUGACGGCCAAGGAGCGUCUGCUGCUGUGGUCCCAGCGGAUGGUGGAGGGCUACCAGGGUCUCCGCUGCGACAACUUCACCAGCAACUGGAGGGACGGCAAACUCUUCAACGCCAUCAUACACAAACACAGGCCCAACCUGAUCGACAUGGGCAAAGUGGGCCGCCAGACCAACCAGCAGAACCUGGAGCAGGCCUUCAGCGUGGCCGAGCGCGAGCUGGGCGUCACCAGACUGCUGGACCCAGAAGAUGUGGACGUGCCGCAUCCCGAUGAGAAAUCCAUCAUCACGUACGUGUCGUCGCUGUACGACGCCAUGCCCAGGGUGCCCGACGCUCAGGACGGCGUCAAGGCUAACGAACUGGAGCUGCGCUGGCAAGAGUACUACGAGUUGGUCACCAUGCUGUUGCAGUGGAUCAGACACCACGUCCUGGUCUUUGAGGAGCGCAAGUUCCCCACCAGCUACGAGGAGAUCGAGGUUCUCUGGCGUCAGUUCCUCAAGUUCAAGGAGACGGAGCUCCCUGCCAAGGAGGCGGACAAGAACCGCUCCAAACACAUCUUCAAGUCCUUUGAGGGCGCGGUGCAGAUGGGCCACGUCAAGGUGCCACCGGGCUACCACCCGCUGGACGUGGAGAAGGAGUGGGGUCGCCUGCACGUUGCCAUUCUGGAGCGGGAGCGCCUGCUGAGGACCGAGUUCGAGAGGCUGGAGCGUCUUCAGAGAAUCGUCGGCAAGGUGCAGAUGGAGUCGGGCAUGUGCGAGGAGCAACUCAACCAGGCGGAGGCGCUGUUGCAAACGGACGUGCGGCUCCUGAACUCGGGCAAACCCGCCCAGCACACAGCCGAGGUGGAGGCGGACCUGGAAAAGGCGGAGGGCAUGAUUCGCUUCCUUUUCAACGACGUGCAGACACUUAAAGACGGGCGCCACCUUCAGGCCGAACAGAUGUACCGCAGAGUGUACCGCCUGCACGAGCGACUGGUGAACCUGCGCAGCGAAUACACCCUGCGCCUCAAGUCGGGCGUGAGCGUGGCGCAGGUGCCUACGGUGCAGGUGCCCCUGACGCAGGUGCACACGUCGCAGGUCCUCCAGCAGGCCCCCGUGAGGCUGCGUCCCGAGCUGGAUGAGGCGACGCUGCGCUACGUCCAGGACCUGCUGGGCUGGGUCGAGGAGAACCAGCGGCGCGUGGACCAGGGCGAGUGGGGUGUCGACCUGCCCGCCGUCGAGUCGCACCUGGGUAGCCACCGCGGCCUGCACCUCUCUGUGGAGGAGUUCCGCUCCAAGCUGGAGCGGGCCAAGGCCGACGAGAGUCAGAUCUCACCUGUGAGUAAGGCGGCCUACAGAGACUACCUGACCCAACUGGACCAACAGUAUGGGAAGCUCCUGAACUCGUCCAAGUCUCGCCUCCGCAACCUGGAGCAGCUGCACGCCUUUGUGACGGCCGCCACCAAGGAGCUGAUGUGGCUCAACGAGAAAGAGGAGGAGGAGGUCAACUACGACUGGAGUGAGCGCAACACCAACAUGGCGGCCAAGAAGGACAACUACUCGGGUCUGAUGCGGGAGCUGGAGCUACGGGAGAAAAAGAUGAGCACCGUGCAGGUGACGGGAGACAAGCUGCUGAGAGACGGACACCCCGGCAGGAAGACCAUCGAAUCCUUCACCGCCGCCCUGCAGACUCAGUGGAGCUGGAUCCUCCAGCUGUGCUGCUGCAUCGAAAGCCACCUGAAGGAAAACACCGCCUACUUCCAGUUCUUUGCCGACGUAAAAGAGGCCGAGGACAAGCUGAAGAAAAUGCAGGACACCAUGAAGAGGAAGUACACGUGCGACCGCUCCGUCACCGUGACCAGGCUGGAGGACCUCCUGCAGGAUGCCGCUGAUGAGAAAGAGCAGCUGGCCGAGUUCCAAACUCACGUGGAAGGUCUGAAGCGGCGAUCCAAGAACGUGGUGCAGCUGAAGCCGCGCAACCCGGCCACCGCCAUCAAGAGCAAGCUGCCCAUCCAGGCGGUUUGCGACUUCAAGCAAAUGGAGAUCACGGUGCACCGCGGAGAUGAGUGCGCCCUGCUCAACAACUCCCAGCCGUACAAGUGGCGAGUGCUCAACCGCCAAGGCAGCGAGGCAACGGUGCCGUCCAUCUGCUUCCUGGUGCCGCCCACCAACAAGGACGCAGUCAACAGCGUCGCCGGGCUGGAUGGGAACCUGCAGAAGCUGCAGACAAUGUGGCAGAGCUUGUUUGUGGACCUGAGGAGCCUCCUCUCUUGGCAGUACCUCAUGCGAGACAUCCAUAUCAUCAAGACUUGGAACAUCUCCAUGUUCAAGACCCUGACGGUGGAGGAGUACCGGCUGGCCCUGAGGAACCUGGAGCAGCACUACCAGGACUUCCUGAGGGACAGCCAGGAUUCGCAAGCUUUCGGGGCCGAGGACCGCAUGCAGGUGGAGUCUCGCUACAAUAAGGCGAACCAGCACUACAACACGCUGGUCAGCACCGCGGAACAAGGCUACGUGCCGCCAAAGACGGGAGAGCAGGAUGAGUCAGUGUGCAGGAUUUACCUGAACAAGCUCAAGGACCUCCGCCUGAGGCUGGAGGGCUGCGAGAACCGAACAGUGACACGACUUCACCAGCUGGCUGACAAAGACCCGCUCAAAGCCUGCGCCCAGAAGACCACCGAACAGAUGAAAGUCCAAACCGAGCUGGAAGGCCUGCAGAAAGAACUGAACUCAAUCGCAGAGAAAGCCGAGGAGGUUCUUGCCUCGCCUCAGCCGUCCAGCUCCGGCCCCUUGCUGCGCUCCGAACUGGACGGCAGCCAGAAGAAGAUGGAGCACGUCUACGCCCUCUCGUCCAUCUAUCUGAACAAGCUGAAGGCAAUUGACGUGGUGAUCAGGAACACCAAUGACGCAGAAGAGACUCUGAAGAGCUACGAGACUCGUCUGCUGGACGUCCACAGAGUCCCCACUGAGGAGAAGGCGGCGGAGAAGCAGCAGAGCCAGAUUAAGAAAAUGCAAACGGAAUCUGAAGCAGACCAGGCUGUGUUCGACCGCAUGCAGGACCAGCUCAAGCAAGCGUCGGCCGUCCACGACAAGAUGACACGCGUCCGCAGCGAGCGCGACGCUGAGUUGGAGCACUACCGCCAGCUGGUGGCCGGCCUGCAGGAACGCUGGCAGGCGGUGCUGGCUCAACUGGAGAUCCGAAAGCAGGAGCUGGAGCUGCUCCGACGCCAUAUGGGCAGCUACCGGGACAGCUACGAGUGGCUCAUGCGCUGGCUGGCAGAUGCCAGGCAGCGCCAGGAGGCAAUCCAGGCGCUACCCGUUGGGGACGGAGCCGCACUUCAGGAGCAACUAGCUGAGGAGAAGAAACUCCUGGAUGAGAUCGAGAAGAACAAGGGCAAGAUCGACAAGUGCCAGAAAAAUGCCAAAGACUACAUUGACUCCGUUAAGGAUUACGAGCUUCAGCUCUUGACCUACAAAGCCCUGCAGGAUCCCCCUGCCUCACCACUGAAGAAGCCCAAAAUGGAGUGCGCUUCGGACGACAUCAUCCAAGAGUACGUCGCGCUGAGAACCCGCUACAGCGAGCUCUUGACGCUUGUCAGCCAGUACAUAAAGUUCAUCACGGACGCGCGCCGUCGUCUGGAGGAAGAUGAGGAAGCGUCUGAGAAGCUGAAAGAAGCUGAGCGAAAGAGGCUGGCUGAGAUCCAGGCCGAGUUGGACAAACAGAGGCAGCUGGCCGAGGCUCACGCUCAGUCGGUGGCCAAGGCACAGCAAGAGGCUGACGCUCUCAAGCAGAAGAUGAAAGAGGAGGCCGGGAAGCGACAGGAUGUCGCUGUGAAUGCCGAGAAGCAGAAGCAGAACAUCCAGCAGGAACUGCAACAGCUCAAGAGUCUGUCGGACCAGGAGAUCAAGACAAAGAACCUUCAGUUGGAGGAGGCUCUGAUAAAUCGGACGAGGAUUGAGGAGGAGAUACGCAUCAUCCGACUCCAGCUGGAGACGACCACCAGGCAGAAGAGCACAGCUGAUGAGGAGCUGCAGCAGCUUCGCAACCGAGCCGCCGAUGCCGACAAGCUGCGUAAAGCUGCUCAGGAGGAGGCCGAGAGGCUUCGCAAGCAGGUGGCCGAGGAGACCCAGAAAAAGAAGAACGCGGAAGACGAGCUGAAGCGCAAAGCCGAGACGGAGAGGGAAGCCUCCAAGCAGAAGCAGAAGGCCCUGGACGAACUGGAGAAGUUCAAGAUGCAAGCGGAGGAAGCCGAGCGGCGCAUGAAACAGGCAGAGGAGGAGAAACUCCGGCAGGUCAAGGUGGUGGAGGAGGUCGCGCAGAAGAGUGCUGCCGCCCAGUUGCAGAGCACCUCCAAAACCUUCAACGAAAGAGCGACCAAACUUGAGGAGUCCCUCAAGAGAGAGCAGGGCACCGUCCUCCAGUUGCAGGAGGAAGCUGAGAAACUCCGCAAGCAGCAAGAGGAGGCCAGCAAAGCUCGGGAACAGGCAGAGAAGGAGCUGGAAACGUGGAGGCAAAAGGCCAAUGAGGCUCUCCGCUUGAGGCUGCAAGCUGAGGAGGAGGCCCAGAGGAAGACUCAGGCGCAAGAGGAGGCAGAGAGGCAGAAAUUGGAGGCUGAACGUGACGCCAAGAAGAAGGCAAAGGCUGAAGAGGCCGCGCUUAAACAGAAGGAGAGUGCCGAGAAAGAGCUGGACAAGCAAAGGACUUUCGCCGAGCAGAUCGCCCAACAGAAGCUGUCAGCCGAGCAAGAAUGCAUCCGCCUAAAAGCUGACUUUGAACACGCCGAGCAACAGAGGAGCCUCCUGGACAACGAGCUCCACCGUCUAAAGAACGAAGUGAACACUGCUGAAAACCAGAGAAAGAAGUUGGAGGAGGAGCUGGCCAAGGUACGAAGUGAAAUGGAUGCCCUUCUCCAGCUGAAGAUGAAAGCUGAGAAGGAAACACUGUCCACCACGGAAAAGACCAAGCAGCUUCUCGACUCGGAAGUCCUAAAAAUGAAGCAACUUGCAGACGAAGCGACCAGACUGAGGUCUGUGGCCGAGGAGGCCAAGAAGCAGAGGCAGCUCGCUGAGGAGGAGGCGGCCAAACAGCGAGCUGAAGCCGAGAAAAUCCUUAAGGAGAAACUUGCCGCCAUCAAUGAGGCGACCCGUUUCAAGACGGAAGCCGAGAUCACCCUGAAGGCCAAAGAGGCCGAGAACGAAAGGCUGAAAAGACAAGCCGAGGAUGAAGCCUACCAAAGAAAACUGCUGGAGGAUCAGGCAGCUCAGCACAAACAAGACAUUACGGAAAAAAUGCAGCAUCUGCAGAGCUCAUCCAACUCUGAAUUGGAGCGACAGAAAACAAUCAUUGAGGAAACUCUCAGGCAAAGAAAAGUGGUGGAGGAGGAGAUCCACAUCAUCAGGAUCAACUUUGAGAAGGCCUCAAAGGACAAAUCAGAUUUAGAGAAAGAGUUAAAGAAACUGAAAGAGAUUGCGGACGACACGCAAAAGAGCAAACUUAAAGCCGAGAAGGAAGCCGAGACGUUGAAGCAGCUCGCCGCGGACGAGGAGAAGAAGCGAAAGGAAGCUGAGGCGAAGGUUAAGAGCAUCACGGCGGCGGAGGAAGAGGCGGCACGACAAUGCAAAGCCGCUCAGGAGGAGGUGGAGCGUCUGAAAAUAAAGGCAGCGGAAGCUAACAAGCAACGGGAAAAAGCGGAGAAAGACGCCAAGCAGCAGGUGGUUCUGGCCAAGGAGGCCGCACAGAAAUGCAGCGCGGCCGAGCAAAAGGCUCAAGAUGUCCUCAGCAAGAACAAAGAGGGCGAUCUGGCUCAGGAGAAGCUCAAGGAGGACUUUGAGAAUGCCAAAAAACUGGCACGAGAAGCUGAAAAGGCCAAAGAGAAAGCAGAGAAAGAGGCGGCGCUGCUCCGUCAGAAAGCUGAGGAGGCUGAGAAACAGAAAAAAGCUGCGGAGGAUGAAGCCUCCAAGCAGGCCAAAGCUCAGAAAGAUGCAGAGAAACUGAGGAAAGAGGCAGAGAAGGAGGCCUCCAAGCGAGCGGAAGCAGAGGCCGCUGCUCUCAAACAAAAGCAGCAGGCCGAUGCCGAAAUGAACAAGCACAAAAAGGAUGCCGAGCAGGCGCUGAAGCAGAAGUCGCAGGUGGAGAAGGAGCUGUCGACUAUCAAACUCCAGCUCGACAAAACCGACAAACAAAAGGCGGUUUUGGAUGAGGAGCUCCAGCGGGUGAAGGGCGAGGUCAAUGACGCCGUUAAACAGAAAACGCAGGUUGAGGAUGAACUCUCCAAAGUCAGGAUUCAGAUGGAGGAGCUUCUAAAGCUUAAGAUAGAAAUUGAGAGCGAAAACAAGCGUCUCAUGCAAAAGGACAAAGAUAACACCAAGAAGUUGCUCGCAGAUGAAGCCGAGAGGAUGAAGAUCCUGGCACAGGAAGCAGCCCGGCUUAGUGCAGAGGCAGAGGAAGCCGCCAAACUCCGAAAGACCGCCGAGUCCGACUUAGCCGAACAGAGGGCACUCGCGGAGAAAAUGCUCAAGGAGAAAAUGCAGGCCAUCCAGGAGGCUACCAAGUUGAAAGCAGAGGCCGAAGACCUCCAGAGGCAGAAGGACAAGGCACAGGAGGCGGCCAAGAAGCUCCUGGAGGACAAACAGCAGAUCCAGCAACGGCUGGACGAGGAGACCGAAGGCUUCCAGAAAUCACUGGAGGCCGAACGAAAGAGGAAGCAAGAGGUGUCAGCCGAGGCAGAGAAGCUGAAGCUUAAGGUGAAGGAGCUCAGUGAUGCUCACGCGAAAGCCCAGGAGGAGGCCAAGAAGUUCAAGAAGCUGGCAGAUGAGGCCAAAGCUCGUCUGGAGGACUCGCAACAGAAAGCCACCGAGACUGUGGUGCAAAAGCUGGAAACUCAGCGGCUGCAAAGCACGAAAGAAGCCGACGACCUUAAGAAAGCCAUCACUGACUUGGAAAAAGAGAGGGAGAAGCUGAAAAAAGAGGCCGUGGAGCUUCAGAAAAAUUCCAAAGAGAUGGCCAUUGCCCAGCAAGAAGAAAUUGAGCAACAGAAGGCCAUUCUUCAAAAGACCUUCCUCACCGAGAAAGAGCUGCUGUUGAAAAGAGAGCGCGAGGUGGUAGAUGAGAAGACGAAGCUGGAAAAACAGCUCAAGGAUGAAGUGAUCCGAGCCAAGUCCCUCAAAGAGGAGCAAGAGCGUCAGCAAAAGCUGAUGGAGGAUGAGAGGAACAAGCUACAGGCCAUCAUGGAUGACGCCUUGCGGAAGCAGAAGGAAGCUGAGACGGAGAUGAAGAAGAAGCAGAAGGAAAUGGAGGUGCUCGAAAAGAAAAAGAAUGAACAAGAGAAACUGUUGGAAGAGGAGAACAAAAAACUGAGGGACAAACUGAACAAUCUCGAGGUAGCAUCCAAAGAAAUCGCAUCGAAAAGGAACGAAACUGAGGUCCAGACAGAGAAGGGCGCUGGGGAAGAGUUAGUCUCUGCCACAGUGUCGGUCACAACAAAGAAAGUUUACAAUGGCUCAGAUGUCGAUGGCAAGAAGAAAGAUUCACCUUGGGCUUUUGACGGAAUAAGAGACCAAGUUCCUGCUGAGAGACUUCAUGACAUCGGUGUCCUGACCAAAAAAGAGUUUGACAAACUGAAGAAGGGUAAAGUCUCAGUGCAAGACCUGGCAAAGACAGACAAGAUCCACUCUUGUCUUCAGGGUCAGAGCUGCAUCGGUGGCAUCUUGACUCCCUCAAAGGUGAAAGUGAGUGUCUAUCAGGCCAUGAAAGACAACACGAUUACAGCCAAUACCGCCACAAUGCUGCUGGAAGCUCAGGCGGUUUCUGGCUACCUCAUCGAUCCUGUUAAAAACAAAUUCCUCUCUGUGGAUGAGGCUGUUAAAGAGCAGUUGAUUGGCCCCGAACUCCAUGACAAAUUGCUGUCUGCUGAGCGAGCUGCCACAGGCUUCAAAGACCCUUACACGGGAGACAAAAUCUCCCUUUUCGAGGCCAUGAAGAAAGGUCUGAUUGAGAAGGAACAGGCCACCAGGUUCCUGGAUGUGCAGCUUACAACGGGCGGCAUCAUUGACCCCAUCAACAGCCAUAGAGUCUCCCUGCAAACAGCCUACAAGCAGGGGCAGUUUGACGCCGAGAUGAAUAAGCAAAUGCCGGAUCACAAGUUGUUUGUGGAACCAAGCACCCAGGAGGCCCUCACCUACAAGCAGCUACUGGACAAAUGCACGAAGGACGCAGGGUCAGGCUUGAUGAUUCUACCUGUGACUGAAAAAGCAGGCCAAACUGAGAGAACCUACACAGAUGCCGAGAUGAAAGAAGUGUUCAGCAAGUCCAACGUGGAUGUGCCCUUUGGCAGGUUCAAAGGAAAGACGGUCACCAUUUGGGAAGUGAUCAACUCUGAGUAUUUCACAGAAGAGCAGCGACGAGAGCUGAUACGCCAAUACAAAACGGGCAAGAUCACGGUGGAGAAGAUAAUCAAAAUCGUUAUCACUGUCGUGGAGGACAAGGAGAAGAACAAUGAAAACGUGUUGAACGGACUCAGGGCUCCCGUGCCAGCCAGCGAACUUCUCGAGUCCAAGGUUAUAAGCAAAGACAUAUUCAACAAGCUAAGCAAUGGUAAAAUCACUGUCAAAGAAAUCGCGGAGAUGGACCCUGUGAAGAAAGCGCUCCAAGGAACACCGAGCAUUGCUGGACUGUAUAACGAACCCACCAAGGAGAAAAUGCCUUUCUAUCAAGCCAUGAAGAAAGAGCUGCUCUCAGCCGAGACGGCCAUUAAUCUUCUUGAGGCUCAAGCGGCUACUGGCUUCAUAAUUGAUCCUGUCAAAAAUGAGCGGAUGCCUGUCGACGAAGCAGUCAAGUCGGGGUUGGUGGGUCCAGAACUCCACGAGCGACUGCUAUCUGCAGAGCGAGCAGUCAGUGGCUACAGAGAUCCUUAUUCUGGCAAGAAGGUAUCUCUGUUUGAAGCCUUAAAUAAAGGUCUCAUCAAGAGGGACCAUGGCAUUCGUCUGUUAGAAGCACAACUCUCCACGGGGGGAAUUAUUGACCCAGUUAAAAGCUACCGCGUCCCACACGAGGUUGCCUGCAAACGUGGCUAUUUAGACGAGGAAACCAGCAAGACUGCAAAUGAGACCAAGGUCUUCCCCGAUCCCAACACACUGGAGUCAGCCACGUAUGCGCAGUUGAUGAAGAAAUGCAUCUCCGACAAUGAAACUGGUCUUCCCUUGCUCCCCCUCUCAAAGAAGGCUCCAAAGCCCAAAGAGGAUCAAGAGAUUACAGAGGCCAAAACCAAAGAGGCUUUGAACCAAAGCACCGUGGAGCUGGACUAUGGACCUUUUAAAGGCAGAAAGGUCACAAUCUGGGAAAUCAUCACCUCCGAGUACAUCACAGAGGAGAAAAGAAUCGAACUGAUUCGCCAGUACCGAAUGGGCCAUGUGACAAUAGAAAAGUUGAUAAAGGUUGUGAUGACCAUCAUGGAGGAAAGAGAGACCCAGGCAAAAGAAAAACUCUGUUUUGAAGGUCUUAGGGAACCAGUUCCUGCCAGCGCGUUGAUGGAUGCCAAUAUCAUUGACAAAGCCACAUUUGAUCAGCUCCAGCAAGGCACAAAGACUCCUCAGGAAGUGGGUCAAGACGAUAAAGUCAGGAAGUAUCUGCACGGCACAGAGCGUAUUGACGCCAUUGCAAUGGAAGCCACAAACGAAAAGCUGAGCAUAUAUCAAGCUAUGAAAAAUAACAUUCUGCAGCCGAAUACUGGCCUUGCGCUGCUUGAAGCCCAAGCUGGAACUGGCUUCAUAACAGACCCAGUAAAAAACAUGAAAUAUUCCGUGGAUGAUGCCGUCAAGGCCGGAACUGUUGGUCCGGAGCUUCACGAGAAACUUCUCUCUGCCGAAAAAGCAGUGACGGGAUACAAAGAUCCAUACACGGGCAAUAAGAUUUCUCUGUUCCAAGCGCUGAAGAAAGAGCUGGUGCUGAGGGAGCAUGCCAUUCCUCUUCUGGAGGCUCAGCUUAACACAGGAGGCAUCAUUGAUCCCGUCGGGAGCCAUCGCAUUCCCACUGAUGUUGCUGUUCAGCGUGGCUAUUUAAGUAAACAAAUGGUCAAAUCGUUGAACGAACCCUCAGGCGACGUCCAGUGCUUCACCAACCCCAACACCAAUGAAAGUCUCACAUACAAGCAGCUUCUGGAGAAAUGUGUCAAAGAUCCCAACUCAGGUCUGUGCUACUUGCCGCUGUCCAAAGCUGAAGUGGCUCCUCCCGCUGAGAAGUCCUACGAGUACACCGAGGAGCAAGCCCAGGCAGAUCUAGCAAGCACUCAAAUUGAUAUCCCGCUCAAGAGCUUUGAAGGCAAGAGCAUGACCAUUUGGGAAAUCAUGAACUCCAACAUACUUCCCGAAGAGGAGAGACGCCGCCUCAUGGAGCAGUUUCGCUUGGGAACAAUCACAAAAGAGAGAAUGCUCAUCAUCAUCAUUGAAAUCGUUGAGCAAAGGGAGGCCGAAAAGGCUCAACAGGGCAUGUCGUGUGACAUCAUCAGAAGGAGAAUUACAAUCGAGGAGCUGUACAGUGCUCGAAUUAUAGACCUGCAGACUUACAACCUUUUGAAGCAAGAAAAAAUGACCAUCAGUGAGAUCAUGGCAAUGCCAUCAGUGAAACAGUACCUUUUUGGAACUGGGUGCAUUGCUGGCAUUAUGUCAGACACUCCCAGCAAAGUCAGCAUCUAUCAAGCCAUGAAAAACGGGAAGAUUAAGCCCGAAGUUGCUCUGACGCUUCUCGAGGCCCAAGCAGCAACUGGCUUUAUCAUCGAUCCGGUGAAAGAUGAACUUCUCACAGUGGAUGAAGCAGUGCGCAAGGGGCUCGUGGGGCCUGAACUUCACGACAAACUUCUGUCUGCCGAGAGAGCCGUGACAGGCUACAAAGAUCCAUACACCGGAAAAGUGAUUUCUCUUUUCCAGGCAAUGAAGAAAGACCUGGUUCCUGAAGAUUAUGCUUUGAGGCUUCUGGAAGCGCAAAAUGCCACCGGGGGGUUAAUGGAUCCCGAAUACUACUUCCGCCUGCCUGCGGACGUUGCCAUGCAGCGUGGGUACAUCAACAAAGAGACACUGGACAGAAUAUCCGAGCCGGCCGCCGAUGUGCAAGGUUACACCGACCCCACGACAGAUGAGAACCUGUCAUAUUCUCAGCUCCUGAAAAGAUGUCGGCUGGACAAACAGAGUGGACUGAAGCUGCUUUCUCUAGCGGACAGGAGACUUCUCUUCAAGGGUCUCAGGAAGCAAAUCACUGUGGAUGAGCUGCUUCGUUCUCAGAUUAUUGACCAAAAGAUGUACAAUGAACUCACUCAGGGCACCAUCAGUGUGGAGGAGGUCAGCAGGGACCUGAAGAAGUACCUCGAAGGCGUCAGCUGCAUUGCCGGUGUCUUUGUAGAAUCUACCAAAGACCGCUUGUCUAUCUACCAAGCCAUGAAGAAGAACAUGAUCAGACCAGGAACUGCCUUUGAGCUUCUUGAGGCCCAGGCUGCGACGGGGUACGUUAUCGACCCCAUCAAAAAUCUGAAACUGAAUGUCAACGAAGCCGUUAAGAUGGGUGUUGUGGGUCUGGAGUUUAAAGACAAACUGCUGUCAGCUGAGCGAGCAGUCACGGGCUACAGGGAUCCCUAUUCUGGCAAGGUCAUCUCAUUGUUCCAGGCCAUGAAGAAGGACCUGAUCUUGAAAGACCACGGCAUCCGCCUGCUAGAAGCUCAGAUCGCCACGGGGGGAAUCAUUGACCCACAGGAGAGCCAUCGCCUGCCAGUGGAAGCGGCGUAUGAACGUGGUCUCUUUGACGAAGAAAUGAACCAAAUUCUCACCGACCCGUCUGACGACACUAAGGGCUUCUUUGACCCUAACACAGAGGAAAACCUCACUUACCUCCAGCUCAUGGAGAGAUGCAUGACGGACCCUCAAACAGGGCUCGCGCUCCUGUUGCUGAAGGAAAAGAAACGGGAAAGGAAGACCUCCUCCAAGUCAUCUGUUCGUAAACGCAGAGUUGUUAUCGUUGAUCCAGAAACGGGCAAGGAGAUGUCAGUGUAUGAGGCCUACCAGAAAGGACUCAUUGACCACCAGACGUAUUUAGAGCUAGCAGAGCAGGAGUGCGAAUGGGAGGAAAUAACCAGCACCUCGUCUGAUGGAGUUGUAAAAUCCAAGAUCAUUGAUAGGAGGUCCGGACGACAGUACGACAUCGAUGACGCCAUCUCAAGCGGCCUGAUUGAGAAGUCGGCGUUGGACCAGUACCGUUCUGGAACUCUAUCUAUCACGGAGUUUGCAGACAUGCUAUCUGGAAAUUCCAGUGGCGUGAGAUCAAGGUCAUCCUCCUUUGGAUCCACUUCCUCUUACACCUCAAGUCCGAUGUCUAGCAUAAAAACACCGUCUGUCCCGUGGAAUGACCCCACCGAGGAAAUUGGCCCCGUAGCUGGAAUCUUGGACACGGAAACGCUGGAGAAGGUGUCUGUCACUGAGGCCAUUCACAGAAACCUAGUGGACAACAUAACCGGUCAGAGGCUGAUGGAAGCUCAGGCCUGCACUGGAGGAAUCAUUGACCCAAACACUGGUGAAAAAUUCUCCGUCACAGAUGCAUUGAACAAAGGACUUGUGGACAAGAUCAUGGUGGACCGCAUUAGCCUUGCACAGAAGGCUUGCAAUGGAUAUGAGGACCCUCGAACCAAAACUAAAAUGUCAGCUGCUCAAGCCCUCAAGAAAGGCUGGUUGUACUACGAGGCCGGCCAGCGGUUCCUGGAAGUCCAAUAUCUGACUGGUGGUUUAAUUGAACCAGACGUCACCGGGCGAGUCUCUCUGGACGAUGCCUUGAAGAAAGGCACCUUGGAUGCUCGCACCGCACAGAAGCUCCGUGACGUCAGCGCCCACUCCAAGUACCUCACAUGCCCCAAAACCAAACUCAAGAUCUCCUACAAGGAUGCUUUGGACAGAAGCAUGAUUGAGGACGGUACUGGCCUCAGGCUUCUGGAGGCAUCCUCCCAGUCCACCAAAGGCCUCUACAGUCCCUACAGCAUCAGCGGCUCAGGCUCGGCAACCGGCUCACGUUCGGGCUCCAGAUCCGGUUCCAGGUCCGGCUCCAGAAGAGGAAGCUUUGAUGCAACUGGAUCCAGUUUCACCACCACCUUCUCUUCGUCUUCAUCCUCCUACAGUUCGCCGAGUUAUGGGCGACGAUAUUGAGGAUCAACUGUAAAGCCACUGAGAUGCCUGUCAGUGAACUGAAGACUACACAGUUUCUGCUCUGCAUGUGGUCGUUGCAAGACAUUAGAUGUUUAAUUUUGUACUGCGUAGACUUCUUUGUGUAUCUAUAUACCUUUACCUAUGUACAUUUUGUUGUAUCGUUUAAUCACUGUAAUAGACAGGAAAUUAGCUUUGAGUGUUAACACUACAACCGAAAGAACAUACUCUUUGAUCGUCGUCUGUCGAGCCUUCUGAAUAUGGAGCGUAUUUCUCAAAAAUGAAUAUAUUGAAAGCUCAAGGCCACUCUGCAGAGCAGAAUCCGAAGUCUCGUAACGAUCGCUGACAUUAAGAAUGUCUCUCAACACUAAGCUUCAAGAUCUUUGUCCUCGAUCAUGUUGCUCCACACCUACUAAACUACAGCCAGGCCAUAUUCCCGUCAUCUGGAAUAAAACAUGGACUCAAUGGGAAUCACCAAAGGGCACAUUCCCAUGCACUGGUAGACCACCAAUACAUCAAUCUGACUUUAUAGACUCUUGACACCAAAGUAACCCAAAUAGUCGCUGCUUGUCCGGACCCCGCCGACUGGUACGUGAGGACACAAUAGUUAGCAAUGUCUUGCCCGCUUGUCCUGAUGUCCCGUCUUCUCCUUUAUAGAUACCGUGCUCCGCUUCUUCCCAGAGACCUUCACCUGGACUUUCACUGUAGCCGGAAUUUAUGAAAAAAGUCACUCUCGCGACUAACCUUGAGCUCAGUUGAUGUUAGAAACCCAUCAAGUGCCUGCAAAAAAAACAAAAAAAUACGUGGCUGAUGCAUAUUUUGAAGAUGGUGCUGCGGUUUAUUGACACCUGCAUGACUGGCCGAGCAGGAAGCAAUCAGGUUUAUCUCACAAUCCACAAACACUCAUGAAUGUUAAUAUUGACAUGACUGUAUGUACUGUAUAACCACGACUGCUGGAAGCCAUUAACAGAUUCUUAGUUUUUCAGCUUUUUAAUUUUUUUUUUUUUUGGGACGCCACCAGCCACAGUGUUUAUUUUUCGAUGUGAAAGCAACACCUAAUUAUCUUGCCUAUAUCCUUUUAUUUUCCUACACACUAUAUUUGAGUUGCAUGAUUUACUAACAUUUAAAAAAAAAAAAAAAACCAAAACCGCCCCCCCAUCCCCCCAAUUAUCCGAGCCGCUUAUCCUCACGAGGGUCGUUGUACCCUUUAAAUCAUUUGUUGUGUUAUUAUGAUGAUGAUGAUGAUGAUGCACCAAAGGGGUUAAAAGGAUAUAUUUUAAUGCGUGGUGUAUUUAUAAUUUUUAAAAAAAAACGGAAUCAAGUUGUAACACCCUCGCUAUGUAAAUAAAGGACAUGAAAAGCUUAUGA